CACAUUCCUCCAUUUACGCUCUCUCGAAACGCCUUGCUCGACAUCGUCGACGACGCCAGCACUCAUCUCAAGUCAUGGCCUCGCAAGUUGUUUCGCCUCCUACCUCAACGCGUCAAGACAACCUCCUAACACAAAUAGCGACCGAUACAACAUCGCAGUCAUCGCCUGCGUCAGCGAAUUUGUCGCCCGCCCAGCCUGCUGAUUCCCGGCACAUUUCGCUGAAUCCGAAUUCGUCCCCUCCGAUGAAAGACAGGACCGUCUCUGCAUCGACAGACAAGUCUGGUCGGAUCGCCAGUGGCCAGCCACAAAUGCUCACGUCCGUCUCAACUGGUCACCAUCGCGUUGGGUCACGCUCACCGACAUCGAUUCCAUCAUCCCCAACUUCUGUGCAUUCGUCAUCGUCGUCGGCGAUCUUUGAGCGCGAUGUUACACCUUCACAUCCAAUCCAUACCCAUCCGACGAAUCCACAUCGAACUCCACGCUCAAAGACCACGGAGCCCAUUGAAGCUAGCGUUCCCUCGGUACUUGAUAGUGCGGCGGCACUUCUCACGUCAACGGAUGAACAUGAGGAACAGUUUAUAGCGGUGGAGGCACCUGUGACGUCUGCCAGCAACAUAACGAGUGGGGUAGGCAGCCCAGUCGGUCGCGGAAGUAGAAGUCCAAGUCCGAGCAUGAGUGCUGGUGCGGGUAGGGGAGUGCGAACAAGUAUGCUUCUCAAUUUGCCAAGUCCCAUACAAAGCUCGAUUGUGUCUGUGCCGCUAUCACCGUCGUCUGUAUCAUCUACUGGAGCUGGACGCGCAGGAGGCAGUCCUCCGCAUGCAGGGUCUCAAUCAGGUUCUCCGAAGGUCUCCCCGCCAUCUCUUACAACGAAUUUUUCUGCUGAACCACCGGUCCCUGGUGGAUUUUCUCCUUCUCAAAUAGUCUAUGUUGAGACUGCUCGGCAAGGAAAUGGGACGAGCACCCCAACAAGUACGGGUGGAUCCACUCAUUAUGAAAGCGCACCAAGCUCGCCGAAGACAACUACCCUUGAACACCCUCCAAAUUCUCUCCCUGUCUCACCGACCACCCCAACCGCUCCGACCACUUUUUCGAGUUCUCCUUCUGGUGGGAGCUCAUUCCCGCAGGCGCGGGUCAGGCCCCAUCCGCCGUCGCCGUCACAGAAUGCUCACAAGCGUCUUUCUUUCUUGUCAUAUAACGACAUACUUGCCUCAACUCCCGUCUCUACCGUUCCCCUUAGCAAUCUUACAUCGCCUCCUUCUGACGCUCCGCCACCCCAUAUCCCGAGUGUAUCUUUAUCUGUCGGCGCCGUUGACAGUGGUUCACCUUUUGGUUCUGCAUACGGGGAAGGCGCAAGUCGAACAGCGAGCUUGGUUAACAGUGCACGCAAUUCUCUUGUUCUUGACGGUAUCUUUGGUCCAGGUCACAGUCACAGUGGGCCUGCUGUAGAUGUCAAGGAACCGACCGGUGGAGUCGGGGAUGAGCCAGGGGGCGAGUGGGAGCGUGAAGGCUUUGGACGUAGCCUAGCUGAAAGGCUAGAGGAAGCAUCCGUGGCUGUUGCACCUGGAAAAGCAUAGUACUCGUGGUUCUCCGCUUGUCUCGACGCUCUUUGACACGUCAAGGUCAAUUCCGUUUGUUACAAGUGUGUAUCCUGCACAUGUGUGGUCCGAUCUAUCAUGAAGCUCAAGAAUUCUUGUUACCGUUUGGAGGCCAUUUUGCCGUGGCUGCGCUCGCAAUUUCGUCUUUCGUGUCCGCUUUUACGAUACGUUCUGUAUUGCUGUUAGCUCUUGUGCUACAGUGCAAUCUAAUCUACUGCUGUUUCUACUUUCUUUUUGCCUUGACCCUUCAUCCAUUUUCUCAUCAUCGUUUCUCUCGGGUCUCGGUUUCUUAUGUUUUUCGACACGACUCUUGGUGCGCUUACUUGUAACAGGGCUACUUGUUCAUUCGUUCCGUUCACGCGGUUCUCUUUUGAUUCUCACUCUUCGAUUUUUUACUCGCCUUCUCUAGUAUUCAAACACUACGCCAGUUAAACAUCUAUGCUAUGCUCCUCUCCAGUUUCUCUAUCUGUUUCCUUAGGACCAUACGUCGUCUCCUUCGCCGGAGACCCCUCAUUCUAAUCACCAUCGACUACAUACUCCUUCCGAACCUGUGCCACGAUAUGUGCUGAUUGUUUUUCCUUUUCUUUGUUUCCU